AUGCGCUUCACUACAUCGGCCCUUCUAGCGCUGCCGCUGCUCGCGGCCGCUGCUGAGAGCCCCUUCCAAGAGUACAAGGCCAAGUUCCAGAACUUCCUCGGCAACUUCGUCGCUGCUCCCGAGGCUGCCAAGCAAGACCCCGUCGCCGCCUCUUCCACCAAGUCCUCCAAGGCAAAGGUUGUCGGCGCAAAGAAGAUCGAGACCCUUUCCCUCAACACCUGGAAGGAUACACUCUACGCCCCUGUGAAGCCCGAUGCCACACGGCCCGAGGAGUGGUAUGUCUUGAUUACCGGGGGCAACAAGACAUGCUUUGGUCACUGCGCCAAGGUCGAGGCCGCCUUCAACGAGUCGGUAGCCAAGUUCGCCACCUUAUCCAAGUCUCCCCACGUCGCAAUGAUCAACUGUGACGACGAGAAGAUUCUGUGCAAUAGCUGGUCUGCCACUACCGGAGCGCUUUGGAUCUUCGAGAUGCUCCCUGCCCCGGCCGCCAUCGAUGUCUACUGGAAGCGCCUGAACCUUACCACGACGACGUCGCAGACCAUUCUGGACUUGUAUGUCAAUGAUGACAAGAAGGCAUUCUAUCUGAUCGAUAGCUACUUCCAUCCAUUUGAUGGCGUCCUGGCCAAGAAUGACCUGGCGGUGCCUGUGGCCUAUCUCCUCUGGGGGUUCAACGCCAUCCCCUCGUGGGCCAUGAUGCUCUUUGUGUCCUUCUUCAGCAGAUCCAUGAUGUAAGUUGCAUGUUGCCGACAGUGCCGAAGAUGCUUGGUACUAACGCCUGGCAGGAACCGUCCCUCUACCCGCCCCGGUGGCCCUGCCGCCGCGGCUGCUGCCGCCGCCGCUCGAGGUGCUGCCCCGGGAGACGCUCGCUCUUAAACGGGCUUUGUUGAGUUUUC